AUGAAUUUACCGAAAGUAUUUCGGCACGCCAAAAUACUUUCGGUAGGAAACCUUAGGCCUGUAUUUAAACAAACUCCUAUAUUGCUUCUCAUUCAACCAUUACAUAACGAAACACACUUCCGAAGUACGUUUAACUGGAAUAAACAUUCACUUUCGACUUAUUCUCAAGCUUUGUACAAUUUAAAAUCAAAGUCGCACGCAGCAAAUCUCAGCCUAAAUUCGUCAGAAAGCUCUGAUAGUGGUUCGAAAAAUAACGGCCAACAGGGAGAAAGCGGCGACGGUGGUGAUAAUCAAAAUAAUUCGAACAGCAAUAACAAUGCGGAUAAUCCUGGCAAUGGAAAUAAGGGUGAUGGAUCAGGGAAAGGCGGUGAUGGGUCGGGAGACAACACUUCUUCUCGAUCACCGUUUGAGAAUAUUCAUAGAACUUUGCACAUUUUGGAAACAACUUUGCAAAGACCUUCUAUACCGGAGGUAUAUCCGCAAGUUUUGGCUCUUCCUAUUGCUCGCCGACCUCUUUUCCCUGGAUUUUAUAAAGCUGUCGUGAUUAAAGAUCCCAAUGUCACAGCUGCCGUAAAGGAAUUAAUGAAACGUGGCCAACCUUAUGUUGGUGCAUUUCUACUUAAAGACGAAGAAUUAGAUGUAGACACUAUUACAGAUAUUGCACAAGUGUAUAAAGUUGGUGUAUUUUCCCAAAUUACGAGUGUUUUUCCAGCUAACGGUGGUCAUGAUGAAAAUUCAUUGACCGCUGUCUUGUAUCCUCAUCGACGCAUUCGUAUCAAUGAACUUUUACCACCUUUACCAGCCAGUGUUUCUGAGGCUGAAAUAAUUUCUCAGCCAGUACAGCAAGCUUCUGAAACGAGUGCUAAUAAAGAACCUGAACCACAAUACGCUACAUCUUUUCUUGAAGAUUAUAAUGUCUCUCUAGCAAACGUUGAAAAUCUCAAUGAUGAACAGUAUAAUAGAAAGAACCAAGUAAUUCGAGCAAUAACCUCAGAGAUUGUAGCAGUUUUCAAAGAUAUAGCAACAUUGAAUCCACUUUUCCGUGAUCAAAUUGCAAAUUUUUCCAUGUCUCAAGCUGCUGGCAAUGUUUUCGAAGAACCUGCAAAACUUGCUGAUUUUGCAGCUGCUGUUUCAACUGGAGAACCAAACGAAUUACAGGAAGUUUUAGAAAGUUUGGUUAUUGAAGAACGUUUACAAAAAGCUUUACUUGUUCUAAAAAAAGAGCUAGUCAAUGCCCAAAUACAAAGCAAAAUAAGCAAAGAAGUUGAAUCUAAAAUUGCAAAGCGUCAAAGAGAAUAUUACUUAAUGGAACAAUUGAAAGGAAUUAAAAAAGAAUUAGGGAUUGAAUCAGAUGGCAAGGAUAAGCUCAUUGAAAAGUUCAAAGAAAAGGCUGAUAAACUCGCCAUGCCUGAUAAUGUUAAGAAAGUUUUUGAUGAGGAAAUCAAUAAACUAGCUCAUCUAGAGCCUGCAGCUUCUGAAUUCAACGUUACACGUAACUAUUUAGAUUGGUUGACCCAGAUUCCAUGGGGCCAAAGUUCCCCAGAGAAUUACAACAUUAAGCAUGCCAUGAAAGUGCUUGAUGAUGAUCAUUACGGACUACAAGAUGUAAAGGAUCGGAUAUUAGAAUUUAUUGCUGUUGGUAAACUAAGGGGCACAGUGGAAGGAAAAAUUUUAUGCUUUGUUGGGCCUCCCGGUGUUGGUAAAACCUCUAUUGGGAAAUCAAUUGCACGAGCUUUAUCGCGGCAAUUUUAUCGUUUUAGUGUCGGUGGCCUUACUGAUGUUGCCGAAAUAAAAGGACAUCGUAGAACUUAUGUCGGUGCUAUGCCCGGUAAAGUUGUCCAAGCCUUAAAAAAGGUACAGACCGAAAAUCCAUUGAUUUUGAUUGAUGAAGUCGACAAAAUUGGUCGUGGACACCAAGGCGAUCCUUCAUCAGCGCUCUUGGAACUUCUUGACCCGGAGCAAAAUUCAUCAUUUUUGGAUCAUUAUAUGGACGUUCCAAUUGAUCUUUCUAAAGUGCUCUUCGUUUGCACUGCUAACGUGGUAGACACGAUACCCGUUCCAUUGCUAGAUCGUAUGGAAGUAAUCCACUUAUCUGGAUAUGUUGCUGAUGAAAAGGUUGCUAUUGCUUCAAAAUAUCUUUCACCAACUGCCAAAGAAAUGGCUGGCUUGCAAAAUGCGGAUGUUCAGCUGCAACAAGAUGCCAUUGAGACUUUGAUCCGGUCAUACUGUCGUGAAAGUGGUGUUCGUAGCCUAAAGAAACACAUAGACAAAAUUUAUCGAAAAGCAGCUCUUAAAAUAGUGCGCGAUAUUGGCGAUGAAGAAUUAUCACAAGAACUUGAUAAUGUUGAAACCGAAACUUCUGAUAAAACUAAAGAAAAUAGUGUUGCCAUCACUACUGAACCACGAAAACCUUUAAAUUUACCUGACGAUAUUCAUGUUGGCAUUACCGCCGAAAAUUUGAAGGAUUAUGUUGGACCUCCACUGUGGCAUUCAGAUCGUUUAUAUGAUCGAACUCCUCCUGGCGUCGUUAUGGGAUUGGCGUGGACCAGCAUGGGCGGUUCUGCAUUAUAUAUCGAAUCUACUCUUGAUUCAAUUCUUUCUCCAACUUCGAAACCAUCCCUCUCUAAAACCGGUCAAUUGGGAGAUGUAAUGAAGGAAUCUUCUACUAUAGCAUAUACAUUUGCUAAAAGUUUAAUGGUACGACAAUAUCCGGGAAACAAAUUUUUUGAAAGGGCUUCGAUUCACCUUCAUGUGCCUGAAGGCGCAACCCCAAAGGAUGGCCCUUCUGCCGGUAUUACCAUGGCAACAUCACUCCUUUCACUCGCCUUAUCUAAAUCUUUAGAUCCAACUAUAGCAAUGACUGGUGAACUCACUCUUACUGGUAAAAUUUUAAAGGUUGGCGGAAUUCGAGAAAAAGUAGUAGCAGCCAAGAGAUCCAGUGUAUCGACCUUAAUAUUUCCGAAAGCUAAUACUAGCGAUUGGGAAGAGUUACCCGAAAAUAUUAAGGAGGGACUUACAGGUGUUCCCGUUGCUGAUUAUGACGAAGUCUUUAAUUUUGUUUUUGGUACUAUUAGUAGAGAGCAAGCAAAACAGUUAUUAGAUGGUUAUAAUAAAGUUUAA